CAAUGGAGGACUCAAUUGAGAUGAUUCUGCAGGACUACGGCAGGGUCCUUCCUACUACCAAACCCCAUCCUGUGGUGACAGCCUGCACAGGUGCUCUGAUCACAGGCCUGUAUGGGAUAUGGAGCAUGUUUGCCAUGCCUGGCAUUCGCAAAAUUCCAAUGAGCCUUAAGGUUCCUUAUUUGCCCUCCAGCAAAGAUCAGACACUGAACAUUAUGAAGCUGCUUGAGGGACGAACCGGUCGCUUAGCAGAUCUGGGAUCAGGAGAUGGAAGACUGGUGUUUGCAGCCUCUUCUGCUGGUUUCCAGUGCACAGGGUUUGAGAUCAAUUCCGUUUUACUGGGAUAUGCCAGGCGCAAGGCCAAGUGGAGAGGUCUGCCUGCAAGCCAGGCAACCUUUGUUAAAAAAGACUUUUGGAAGACUGACUUAUCAAAGUACAACAAUGUUACAGCUUUUCUUGCCCCAGGAGUGAUGGAGACACUUGGUGAGAAGCUGAUGAAGGAGCUUCCUGAUGAUGCACGUGUCAUCGCUUGUCGUUUUCCUUUCCCUGACUGGCCACACCAAUCGUCUGCCGGCUCUGGUCUUGACCAGACUUGGGCCUAUGACAUGAGCACUGUUCGCUCAAGCUUGAGAAAUGUGUCGAACACAGCGGUGUAGUGAUGUAAUAAUCUUGGGCUCAGUGAGGACAAAAAUGUGCAAUUCCAGGAAAUUAUCAGGACUGAUGAUUUUGAAAGAUGUCUUUGAAGAUUGCAAGGAUGAGAGGGACACUGACUAAGCAAGAUGUCGGAAUGAUUUCAACGUCUCUUAGCCCCUGCAGUAGUUGUACAAUCUCUGCUCCGCCAGCACAGAGCCUGAGCCUUUUCCAUAUUGCUGACAAUCAUGUUGUGAAUACCAUCAUGCACUGCUAUCUUGAACAUGUUUAAUUUUUCAAACCACUGUUAAAGACUACAAAUUAUUCUAUCAACCCUUCAGUUCAAUGUAUUGUAUAUGUUCUGUCUUUUUGUCUGUUUGUUCGCAGUACAUCUUGCAACUGCUGGAAAAAUGAGUCAUAAAUCAACACGUAUUUAUUACAAGGAUUUAUUA